AUGGGUCUCCUCAAACACGUUCUUCUUCCUGCUUUUGGCCUUAUGCAUGGGGCAUCGGUCGCGGCUUGUUCGGAUCUGAAAGGCUGGGCAGAGAUGAUUGGAAAGAAGGACGAUGUCUCGGAGAAAGAUGAGAACUCGGUCCGUCAGAACCAUAUGCUUGGUUCUCUUCGGGGAUUCAAUCUGGGCAUGAUGGUCCUUUGUGGUAUGGGAAUCUUCAAAGAACACGCUCACUUUCGUGGUCAAAUUAUCUUGACCGAGUUUGUCCUCUUUACCACUGUUGCUGUGGAUGCGUAUCGCCUCGGUGACUUGAAUUACAUGAUUCCCGGGGCGCAUGCUCUCGUCGCUCUCGGAGGGUUCAUUGUCAACCACUUGGAACCAGGCAUUUUUACCAAGCCAAAACCCUAG